CCGACCGACUUGUUCAUCAUCAUCAUCACCAUCACCAUCAUCCUCGCCCAUCUGUAUCAUCUAAAGGCCACUCUGAACGACCAUAAAUCCGACCUGUCGGGAUUCCUUCCAACUGCCGACAUGGAUGGACGCACAGCACCAAAAGACAAAUAAGUCUGCUCAGUUUGCUUGCUACCUACGAGAACAUACAUACAUCAUCGAGUAUUACAUCCUACAUUUAUCUUUUCGCGCUGCUGUUCCCCCCCUCUAUCCAUUUGUUCCCCUACCUAUACAGCGCAUUCAAGCAGGACUACCAGGCAAGCAAGCAAGCAACAAGAGAGGGCGAAAGUUUUUGGGGACGACUUUUUUUUUUCUUUCUUUUUUGGUCACGGAAACAAAAGGCUGCGACAAGAACUACCUACAUACCUACCUGCCUUACCUUAUCACGAACCGGCGACUGCGAACCGCCGAACCGUGAACUGCGCGACUUGGAAACCAAACCACUAUGUGUGAUUACACAAAAGUGGAGUAUGCAUGCUAUCAUCUGCGAUAUACAGUUCGCGCAUGGUGCGUCAAGUACCAGGAGACACAUAAGCGGUGUCCGGCAAAUGUGGUAGCAGUCGAAUAUCGUCUCGAUGAACGAUGUGGAGACUGCAGAGACUCUCCCGCACCAAUGUAUACACUCAAAAAGAAAGCGUCGAAAUUACCGAAUUAUAAGAAGGACAAUGGAUUAUCAUCAUCGUCUUCUUCUUCCAAGUUGCAAUGAACAGAUAGUCGCCAAGAAGAAGAGGAAGAAGAAGGAGGAGAAGAAGAAGAAGAAGAAGAAGUUGCUAGCAGGACCUAUGCAGCUUCUUGAGUACCUAGGUACCUGUAGUUUCGGAAUACGGUUCUAGAUAGAUGGGUGGGGACAUGACCUUGUUAUUAUUAAUAUCAUCACUACUACAUGUAAUACUACUUACUACUACUACCUUACUAGAAGUCUAGGAGAAAGAUAGGAAGGAAGAAAGAAAGCAAGAAAGGAAGGGAGAUCACG